UGUGUUCAGCAGAGGACCAAAAAACAAAAAGGGGGAGGUGAAAAUGCAAGACAACUCUCACAGACAAAGUUGUAUUACUGAGUGAUGCAUUGCAAUGAGCAGGGUAAAAUAGGGAAAAGCCAAACAAGCACAUUGCAGCGGAUAUGCCUUUCCCUCAGAGCAGUUUGGAAAUGGAAAUGUUUUUCAUUUAUUUAUACGAAUGUAUAUAGUCUUUGUGUAGACUCAAAUAAGGUUUUUCCCUCUGAUUUAUAACGUGCAUUAAAAAAAUGCAAGACUCAGAUAUUUUCUAUUCCUGAUCUGGAAAUCACUCACUAUGUGAAUGAUCCAGUGCUUCACAUUCCUCUCAAGGAAUAUUUUUAUUAAGCAAACUAUAUAAUAAAAAUGUGAUUUUUAAGAGUAACCUAUCCUGAAAGUAAGAGACACUCUGCAGCAUGAAUACUUUUAUUCCUCAACUAUUACCAGGGGCUCUGCUCUGCUCCCCUUAGAAAGUAUAAGAUAGGGUACAAGAAUAUAUCACACUGGACCAAAACAUUAAUCUACGACUUUUUGGCCUCUUCUCCUUCUGGGACCACUGAAUCUUUAUGAGCUUCUCCUCUAUUAUUGAGCCCGCAGGUGUCCUGAAGGGGCUACAGGUGUGAUUUUUUUUUUUUUUUUUUUUUAAACACUGUCUGAAUCACAGGCAGGUCCUUGUGGUCUCGGCUCUCUAGGGAAUACCUUUUAUGUAAUUUUUCUCUGUUGUAUCAUUUUAAAUCCAGUUUUCACUUUUGUGUUUUUAUUGUUUAUGUGCUUGUAUUAUUGAUUUGCUGACUGUGAAGCGUUUUUUUGUCUCUGUUUUGAAAUGAAGGGCUAAUUAGAUUUAUUCGCUCUCUGGCUGAACUGUAACUAACUGUGCUGCUUCCAUCUCAGGUUCAGGCUGACUGACGAGCAGAUUCGCCAUUUGGUGAAGAUGACGCGUGAUUUUACCCUUCUGUUUUAUAAGCUGACACCUCACUCAGACUGGCUUUCAAUAAUGGAUUUACUUUAAAUCCUGUACUGCUGAGGAAGGAGAAGAGAGUCGAUGCUCCACUGCCUAGAGAAUAUUCCUUUACCUCCAUACAUAACAGACAAGGAAGAGAAGUGUCGCAAAUCUGGCGCUUCUCUCUACAAACAUUACAAAGUCUACAGGCGUCCCCAGUGUGGCCAGUGCUCUCAUGCCACAGUCUGUCAUCUUGGAGACAACGGCAGGAAGACUUACUUCUGCGAGCGCUGUCAGAAGGCCGAUCCCAGUGAGGUUAACAUCAGUGAGCUUCCAGGCAGAAACAGCCUGAUUGGCUGGGCAUACAAUAAGAGAACCAAUGAUAAUGUGGCUAAGAAGGAGGAAGAGGACUGGGCCUGUCAGCUCUGCACACUCAUCAACCAGCCAGGAGCAAAAGCCUGUGAUGCCUGCCUCACUCCAAGACCUGAGGUGCACAAAGCCGACAUCAGCACCGAGGCGUCGCCCUUCACCGCUGAUUUGAUUAAGUACCCCUGCACUUCCUUCAAGAAGCCACAAGAGGAGCUCAAAGUCAACUGGAGGUCUGCAUUUGGGACUUCCACCCUUGUUUUCUCUGACUUGAGCAAGAAACAAAAGUCUGUAAAUUCCCCACCUUCCCCAGGUGGCAGACAUUUGAAUUCCUUAGUGGCAGAGCGAGGUUUAUAUAAAUACAGCAUCUGGCAAGGGACAACAAGCCCCAAUUAUGCCUCUGGUGGCUGGAAAAAGCAAAGUGCUGAGUUCUCCAAUGGGGAAUCACUGGCCUCCUACCGUCACCCAUCCAAGAAAAUGAGAAUUGAUCACAGUCCCUUUACCAGUAACAAUGCUCAAAAUGGAACCCUCAACUCAGGUACUUGCAAAAUAGGAGCGACAAGCAGCGACUCCUCCAUUUCUUCCUUUCCCAGUGUCCCUUGUUGUGCAUCCCAUCGUCAUCCAGCUGUGCUCAGAGUAGUGCACAAGGAGGGGGAGAAUAAGGGACGACAGUUCUACGGCUGCUCACUUCCCAGAGAGACCAAGUGUAACUUCUUUGAGUGGGCAGACUUACACUUUCCUUUUUGUCACCAUGGGAAACGCUGUUUAAUGAGGACGGUUCUGAAAGCAGGACCCAACAACGGCCGGAAUUUCUACACCUGCUGCUUUCAAAAGGGUAAACAGUGCGACUUUUUUCAGUGGGCAGAGAACGUACAGGGGGUACCUAUCCUCCCUGGCUGUUAAUGUGUUUUAGCAAUGCAUUACUUGAAAAUGAAAGCCUGAUGCCUAUAUGUUCAUAUAAAAAUAUGGACAUAAAAAGGGACCUGGUAAUUCAUCUUCAUGAAAUACACAUACUUUUACAUUUAACUGUGGGUAUCUAGCUCUUCAGCUGAUGUCCAAGCACUUAUUUGUAUAUAAAUGUAUCUAAUGAAGUGCCUAUUUACUUUGUAAUGUGCCAUAUUGUGUUCAUCUUUUAAUGUAUGUUUCAAAGUUGUCAUGAGAAGAUUGUGAUCUAAUAAAGAAUCCAAACAAGUCAAAGCAACAACAAUUAAACUUUAAUGUAAUUAAACUUUCACUUGUUGCUUUAAAGUGCCUUA